UCUGUCAGCCUUUCGUUUCAUGCUGCUCUCGGUUCAAUGGGGAACUGUCUGUUUUCCCAAGGCGCGGAUGACCUGUCGCUGCUGAACGAGUCGGAGGGGGGCAGCCUGCCCGGAGAGCCUCCGCCGCCCUACCAGGAACAACCCGUGUACCAUCCCACCCCGGGUCAGAGUCGCCUGGCCAGCCAGCUGACCGAGGAGGAGCAGGUCCGCAUCGCCCAGCGCAUCGGCCUCAUCCACCACCUGCCCAGAGGAGUCUUCGACUUCGGCUCCGACCCUACUGACAAGAAAGUGAAAGAGUGUGUGAUCUGCAUGAUGGACUUUGAGUAUGCCGCUCCCAUCCGGUUCUUGCCCUGCCUUCACAUCUACCACGUGGACUGCAUUGACCCCUGGCUGAUGCGCUCCUUCACCUGCCCCUCCUGCAUGGAGCCGGUAGACGCAGCCCUGCUGUCCUCUUAUGAAACCAACUGAGCAGCCACCAGGUGGCCGCUCCUGCCUAAAAGUAACUGCACCUUUUUGUUAGCGAAAACUGUCCUAGCUGUUCAGACAGGUAGCCGGGGUGAUGUGGCAUUAUGCAGAUGUUUGGAGUGUGUUUUCGGACGCGAGCAGAUGUCGAAAAACUGCAAACUACAUUUCUUAGGUCUGACUCUUUGCCUUUAAAAGUAGGCCAGUGUGCCAAAUCAAGCCAGAUAUGAAGAAUAUGGAAAGCUGCACAAGUAGCAAAAUAUUACUGCACUGUAAUAUCUGACGGUGUGUUUUAAUUUGUGAUUUUUAUAUGGUAAUUGAAUGCACGUCACCGAUGUCAUUUAAUUCCCCUUUCAAGACAUAAUGUGCAAUAUUUUAUGUCAAAGGAGAAAAUGCAGGAGAUAAGUCUUGAUCAGCUGGAUAGCGUUAACUGUCUGGAUCACUAAUGAAAACAUGAAGGGUCGUUUUAGAAAUGAACCCGUGGCCUUGAAUGUCUCAAAAAAGGCUUCUGAGAUAAAAACACAGGGAAAAAAGUGAAGAGGUAUCCCACUCAUUCAGGAGCAUGUCAAAGAUUUCAGAGAACAGUUCUGUUUUGUUUGACUCUGCUUUGUUGUCUGUACUCAAGCUUUCUUUUGAUGCUGCUUUUAUAAAUGUGAAUCCGUUUGUUUUGGUUUUAUUUAGUUUUUUUGCCUUUUCACAAUGGAUCCUGUCCUUUGCUUUGCCCUUUGUGUGUUUGUGUCCUUUUCAUAGUUUUACUGUCAGUGACAUUUACAAAGACUAGAUAUGCUGUGCAGUCCCUCUCAAAGCACACUGGGAUACCCCUCAUCUGGCACACUGUAGCAUAGAUACUGUAGGUGUGUGCGUGUGUGUGUGUGUGUUGAGGGGAUGUGAGUAGAGACUGGUGGCAUGUUUGAGGUAGCAUUGUCAAUUGACCCUGUCUGUUUUGAACCCUGUUGUGGUAACUUCUUUUUCUAGUUUGAAGCUGUUGGAUUUUAUUUUGUAUCGAUGGCCUUCUUACAGCAAGUGAUGCAUUUCCAGAGCUCCUGGUUCUGGUCAAAAAACAUCUUUUUUAAUCUUUUGGUAUGAGAAGUGUACUCUCUGAUACCAACUGCAUAAUGUUUAGCACAAACAAGUCAAAUGGUAAGAGAGAAGCUGCAGCAGUAGAUAGGAAUGUAUCCUGAAUGUAAAGCUAAAUUAAUUCAGCUUUUUAAAGUUUUGUACAGUGCAAGUGAGGAUAAGAGGAUAUUUGUGAUUUACUCAGGCUGCUGUGCCUUUAAGGUUGAGGUCAGUCAAUUCCAGUGAAGUACAAUCAUUUCUCACACGACGUGUGGUUUGUUGUUGUCCACGGUUGCGAGACAGAUACCAGCACUGAUUUGUGUCACUGUCAAACAGGCCUAUGAAGAAGCCAGAUGUUUUCUCUGGCUGCUAACAACCAAUUUGUGAUUUAACAUGUCGUGUGUGUGUGCCACCAGUAAACAGGUUUGAGAAAAACCAUGAAAACCUGAUAAAAGUGGGAUACCAAACUUUACACAAGUACAAUGUUCUAUUUCUUAAAUAUUUAAUAAAGCCGAAGAGGUCA